GGAAUAGUUGCGAUAAUGGUAUUUACAAAGGUGUUAGCUUUUUUGGUUGUGGCAGUCACAGUUACUGCCAUCAACGGCCAGCACGAUCCUAAUUAUUGGGGUGGACGAGAUGUAAUGGUUCACCUCUUCGAAUGGAAAUGGGAAGAUAUUGCAAACGAGUGCGAACAGUUUCUGGCCCCGAAAGGAUAUGCUGGUGUACAGGUUUCUCCCGUAACUGAAAAUGUUGUUUCCGAGGGACGUCCUUGGUGGGAGCGUUAUCAACCUGUAUCGUAUCUUCUUUCCACCCGAUCCGGCAAUGAGGAACAAUUUCGUGACAUGGUGACCCGUUGUAAUAAGGUUGGAGUUCGCAUCUAUCCAGAUUUUAUUAUGAAUCAUAUGGCAGCAGGCGAUAGUGUCGUUGGUACCGCCGGUUCCACCGCCGAACCCAAUAACAAAGAAUUCCCUGCUAUCCCAUAUUCACCACUCGAUUUCAACCCCACUUGUUCAAUUACAAACUUCAAUGAUCGCGUCGAAGUCCGCAAUUGCGAGUUGGUUGGAUUGAAAGAUCUCGAUCAAAGCAAAGAAUAUGUUCGUGAAAAGCUCGCGGAACUUAUGAACAAGUUGAUUGAAAUCGGAGUCGCCGGAUUCCGUAUUGAUGCAGCCAAACACAUGUGGCCUCACGAUAUGGAGGCUAUUUUGGAUUCACUUGAUGACUUAAACACUGAACAAGGAUUUGCUCCCGGUUCUCGCCCGUUCAUUUAUCAAGAAAUCAUUGAUAAUGGAGGUGGAAUGAUAUCUCGUGAAGAAUAUACUCACUUGGGUGCUAUAACAGAGUUCCGUCAUUCUUCGAAAAUAAGCAACGUUUUCAGUAAUGGAGAUCUGUUGAAAUGGCUUAACAACUGGGGUACUGGUUGGAGUUUCCUUCCUAGCGAACAAGCUUUGAUUUUCAUUGACAACCACGAUAACCAAAGAGGUGAAGCAUUGAACUACAAGUCAGCAAGAAGCUACAAGAUGGCAAAUGCGUUUAUGUUAGCCUACCCCUACGGUAUUCCAAGAGUCAUGAGCUCUUUUGAUUUCGAUCAUUCUGAUGACGGUCCACCAAGCAGUGAUGGCAAUACUAUUUUGUCGCCAAUAUUUAACGAUGACGAUUCAUGUGAUAAUGGCUGGGUCUGCGAACAUCGUUGGCGUCAAAUCUACAACAUGGUCGGGUUCAGAAAUGCAGUCGAAGGAACUUCCCUUAAUAAUUGGUGGGACAACAAUGGAAACCAAAUAGCAUUCUGUCGUGGAAAUAAGGGUUUUGUGGCCUUUAACCAAGAGAACUACGACUUAAAUCAGCGACUUUACACUUGCUUGCCAGCUGGAACAUACUGUGAUGUCAUUUCAGGAAAUAGGUCUGGUUCACCUUGUUCGGGAAAACAAAUUGUUGUUGCUAAGGACGGAACAGCUCAGAUCAAUAUUUCAACUGACGAUGAGGAUGGUGUUAUAGCAAUACACGUUGGAUCAAAAGUCUAAAGAAUUAAUGUCUUGAUUUUAUGAAAUAAAAUUCAACUGACUUUACUUGUGAUAUAAAUGUUA